AUGUCCAAGUCUUCAACAGCAUCAAAAAUGUCAUCCCAAGAGGAAAUAUUGAAGGAUGGGCGGUUUAGCUGUGUUGCCAGGGAUCCCAGAUUUUGGGAGAUGCCAGAAAAAGAACGUAAAAUCAAGAUUGACAAACGAUUCCGAGCCAUGUUUCAUGACAAGAAGUUUAAGCUGAAAUAUACAGUGGAUAAAAGAGGUCGCCCUGUUAACUAUACUUCAACAGAGAACCUCAGGAAAUUUUAUGCCCUGUCAGAAUCUGACUCUGGCCUUUCAGAAGAUGAUAGUAAAGAAGAAGCUGAAAGGAAGAAAAAGAAAAAAAAAGCUAAACCUAAAGGAGAUGCAAAACUAUUUGCUGAUGAGCUCCCGAGGGAAAAGAGCAAAAUAAAGAAAGGAGGAGUGGACCAAACAUCUGAAGGAAUGACAAAACUAGAUGACCUUAAAAGUGAAGGACAAAAAAGAACAUCUAAAUUGAACUUGAAAGAGGACUCUAAGAAGACAGCAACAGAAGUUGAUGGCUGUCAGGGAAAGAAAGGCCUUCUACACAAACGGGAUAAUAAGCAAGGAGGAGGAUCAAUUUCAGUUCAAAACAAGCAAAAGUUUUCACAACCAAGAGGUGCCAAAUCAGUUAAAGCUCCCAGGAAGGACCAUUCCCUAGGAGAAAAAAGAAAAGAAUCAGUGACUGUAGGCACAGACACCUGUGAUCAACGUGACAUCAGUAAAAGCCACUCAGAGGAAGAAUUGGAAGAAGAGGAGCCAGAAGAUCAGGGAGAAACAGAUGAGGAAGAAGAGCCAGAAGAUGAGAGGGAAGCAGGUGAGGAAGAGGAGCCAGAAGAUGAUGGGGAAACAGAUGAGGAAGAAGAGCCAGAAGAUGAUGGGGAAACAGGCGAAGAAGGCAGUGAUUCAGAAGAUGAUGAAGAAAGCAACAGUGGGCCUGAUCCAGCUAGAGGCAUAGGGAACAUUGAAAGCAGCUCAGAGGAUGAUGAGGACUUAAAUGACUUGUUUCCAAAGGAGCCAGAGAUAGAGCAUUCCUGGCGUGAACUAGAUAAAGAUGCCCCUCGUGGAGAUGAGAUUACAAGUCGAUUGGCAGUUUGUAAUAUGGAUUGGGAUAGGUUGAAGGCUAAGGAUUUGUUGGCUCUGUUUAAUUCUUUCACACCCAAAGGAGGAAGAGUAUUUUCUGUUAAGAUCUUUCCUUCGGAGUUUGGAAAAGAGAGAUUGAAAGAGGAAGAGCAAAAAGGACCUGUGGAACUGUUUGAUCUUCCAGAGAAUACCACAGAGAAUGAUGGGCUUUAUAGGGAAAAACUGCGGGAGUAUCAGUUUAAGCGGCUAAAAUACUACUAUGCAGUUGUAGAAUGUGAUUCUCCUGAAACAGCCAAUAAAAUUUAUGAGGAAUGUGAUGGACUGGAAUUUGAAAGCAGCUGUUCUUUCAUAGACCUGAGAUUUAUUCCAGAUAGCGUUACAUUUGAAGAUAUGCCUAAAGAUGCAGCCUCAGAAGUGAACGUAGCUGUAUAUAAACCAAAGUACUUCACAUCUGCUGCUAUGGGAACAUCAAAGGUAGAUAUCACAUGGGACGAGACAGAUCAUGAACGAGUAACAUCACUUAGCAGAACUUUUAAAAAGGAGGAACUUCUUGACAUGGAUUUUCAAGCUUAUUUGGCUUCGUCUAGUGAAGAAGAGGAGGAAGAGCAGCAAGGUGGUGAUGUACCUCAUGAAGUGGAAGAUGACAAACCCAGGAAAAGUCAAAAAGAAGAUGAAGAGCAAAUUGCCAAGUACAGAGAACUUUUGCAAAGUAUCCAAGAAAAAGAGAAAAAACAGGAAGAAAAAGAUAUAGGGAUGGAGAUUAAAUGGGUUCCAGGCCUCAAAGAAACUGCUGAAGAAAUGGUUAAGAACAGGUUGGAAGGAAAGGAUAACCUAACUCCAUGGCAAAAAUAUCUGGAGAAGAAGAAAGAAAAACGAAUUCUAAAGAAAAAGAGAAAGGCUAAUGCUGAGAGAGAACAAAGUGAAGAUGAACUUCCAUCUGAUGUUGAUCUCAAUGACCCAUAUUUUGCUGAAGAACUUGAGAAAACAGGUUUAAAGAAGAAGUCAGAAUCAGUUGAAAGUACCUCAGAAGAUGAAGAUGAAGUUGAAAAACAGAAGGCUGAAAUGGCCCUACUUCUGAUGGAUGAUGAUGAUGAUACCAGAAAACAUUUUAAUUAUAAAAAGAUUGUAGAACAACAGAAUUUGAGCAAGAAGAAGAAGAAACUCUUAAUGAAAAAGAAAGAAUUACUAGAAGAUGACUUCCAGGUAAAUGUUGCUGAUACAAGAUUCCAAGCCAUGUUCACGUCUCCUCUGUUUAAUUUGGAUCCUUCAGAUCCUAAUUUCAAGAAGACAAAAGCUGUAGAAAAGAUUUUGGAAGAAAAAGCUCGCCGAAGAGAAGAGGAGCAAGAUCUUAGGGAAGCAAGCAAGGGGCAGGAGAACAAGAUGCCAAAGAAAGGAGAAGUUCCUAAGAAGGCCAUAGAUCCUGCCUUGUCAAUGCUAAUAAAAUCUGUCAAAAAUAAAACUGAAGAGUUUCAGGCAAGGAAAAAGCAGAAAUUCAAAUAACUGAACUUU